AUGAACACCGCCGCCCGGGCUCCGUUUCGAGGGGCGGGAUUGCGGCGUGCUCUCCACAAGGCCGGGUCGCGCGCUUUCCCUGGGGCUGCGCCUGCCGGAGGGGGAAGGGGAGCAGGGGGAGGAUCUCGGAGGCAGUUGGCAUCGAUGAGCUUGUUAAGGCACCACGACCACGAGCCCUACGUCGGGUUCGGUCUGCUGGCGUCGCUCGGCCUCGUGAUCCUGUCCGGCUACAGCUUCGACGACGAGCUCCCGUCGCGCUUGUUGGAGAAGCUUCAGCAGCAAACCUCCUCUGCCAGUGCCGUGUGGCCAUUACGCAGUAUAGACGAGUUUUACACAGUCAGGAGCGACGAGACGUUGGGCCGAGGGCAGUUCGGCACGGUAACGACGGCAACGGACAAAGCCACGGGAGAGGUGGUGGCCGUCAAGUGCGUGCCACGAAGCGAGGCGUCGGAGUCCCACUUCCGAGAAGAGACCGACGUGCACCGAGAGGUGGCCAGCCAUCCCAACGUGGUUGGCGUCAAGGGGGUAUACGCGGACGAGGACUGCUGGUACCUGGUGAUGGAGCUGGCCGAGGGGGGAGAGCUGUUUGACCGCCUUACGACCGAAGGGCUUGCCCUCGACGACGGCGAUGUCCGAUCUCUCCUCCGAGACACGGCCGAGGCGAUCGCCUUCCUCCACGAGCAUUCCAUCGUCCACGGCGACGUCAAGCCGGAGAACAUGCUCUUGACGGCGGCAGCAACCGGCUCAGGAGAUGACAGUCGUCGCGCUGGGGAUAACCAAAUAUCGGAAGAGGCAGCGGUAGCGCAAAAAGAACAAGGGGCGGGAGAGGCGGGGGGGAGUGUCGGGAAGGUGCUGCUGGCGGAUUUCGGGUCUAGCUUUCGCUUGAGGGGCGGCAGAGGCCACAAGAGGAUGAAGGAGUACACGAUCGCGUACAGUGCGCCGGAGGUCGUGGAGAACAGCGCGGAGGUGGACCAGAAGGCGGACAUGUGGUCGCUGGGGGUGAUCGCGUACGUGUUGGUCGUCGGGCACCACCCGUUCGACCCCACCAGCGAGGCCGACGACGAGGAGAUCACCGAGAGCAUCCUGCACUCGGAGCCGGACUGGGACGGGGUGGAGCCGAAGGCGGCGACCCUCAUCCGCCGGAUGCUCUCUAGAAACCCCGAGGACAGGCCGUCCGCCCGGGAGGUGCUGCAGAACUCGUGGCUGCAGCAGCUGUAGAAGAAUUAUUGCUGAUAGAAGAAGGAGGUAUGGCUAGUUCUCUGUGCGGCAGGUGAAGACGGAGAGAUGUAACAGUUGGCGGCACCUCAAAACGCGUGUCGAAAAAACUAGACUUGUGUGCGCGCUUGUUGUUCACUCCCCUCUC